UUUUAUUUCGCCUUCCUUCGCUUGUUUCGUGUACAACAAAUCAACAAAUUUUCUAUUUCGCCUUCAUUCGCUUCAUCGUGUGACGUGUGAAUAGUUGAAAAAAAAUUCAAUUGCUUUAAUUACCCGCCAUGGAUAAAGUUGUUAAAUUCUGUGAACCCGGCCGUGUCUUCGCCAAGGACUCGAUCCGUUUGGUAAAACGUUGCACCAAACCUGAUCGCAAAGAGUUCCAAAAGAUUGCCAUUGCCACAGCUAUUGGUUUCUGUAUUAUGGGUUUCAUUGGCUUCUUUGUCAAACUGAUUCACAUCCCCAUCAACAACAUUAUUGUCGGCUCAUAAAUUACAAUGGAAAACGGAUAUGAAUAUUCAACUUUCUAAGGCUGUAUCAGCUUUUUGUUCGUAACCCAACAAACAUUAUUGUGGUAGAAGAGCUGUCCGUUUAUUUUGAUAAUUAUGUACUAUGUUGAUACUUCAUAAGUUUUACACAUCCUCAAAAAAUAUAUGAUAUGUACCAUCUUCCUUUCUUUCGUUAAAGUUUCUAAGUAUUUCUAAUAUGGAUAUCUUUAGCAAUUAUCUUUCAUAUAAUUAAGAGAUUACAUGGAAUUUUUCGAAAGGAAGGUUAAAAUAAGAGGCGGUUUUAGUAUAUGAUCGUCUUAUAUUAUUUCCAUUUUUUUAAAUCAUGAUUUCCAUUUUUUCGUACAAUCUUUGUUUAAUUUAUAACUAAAAACAAUAAAUUUGACAUAAAAUCUGAA